CAUUCAAUCACACAAGAUGCAGGGCUUAGUACUAGCAACAUUCAUUCUUACGUUCGUUCGCUGUUUUGCACAGGACCUCCAAUGUGUGUCAUAUUCCAAAUACUACAUACCAGCUUUCAAGGCCAACUGGUACAGGGCAGGUGAGAUUUGCAAUUCUUUGGGAAUGCGAUUGGCUAUCGUUACCUCUCCUGAGCACAACAACAACAUUGCCAAUGCAGUGAUGGCAUCUUCCUGUUAUAAUGCCACGCGAACCCAGGUUUGGAUUGGUGGAAGUGAUCUCGCGGAGGAAGGUCAGUUUUACUGGCAACCCACCGGUACCUGGUUCAGCUACACCAACUGGCUGGUUGGUCAACCGGACAACGCAGGCAAUAGCGAGGAUUGCGUAGAAAUUCGGCACUAUCCCUCAUACGAUCUUUACUGGGGCUGGAAUGACUUAAACUGUGAAAUUUUACAACAUUUUGUGUGUGAAAACGGAGGACCAAGAAGUUUGCCAUAAUUUUUCUUUGUCGUGUCAUUUGAUGUCAUUUUUAAAUGUGAAUUUCUGUUUUGAAAUAUUUCAUUGAUUCUUCUUUUCUUGAGAAGGUCCUUGAAACAGCGUUUCCAAAUGAUGUAUUUCGUUAGUUUAAUAAAAAA